AUGAAUACUGAUUUAGACAAUGAACAAAAGGAAAGCACCGAUUUUCAUGAAUUUACUUCACAUGCAAUCUUUUCUAAUCCAAUAAAAGAGUACCUUUAUGGUUUCUUUGGACACAUUUUUAAAACGAAAUACAGCACUCACACAAGACUCAGAAACCAAUUAUUUUACGAAAUAAUUAUCAAUGUGAUAUUUACCCUUCAGCUCUCUACCUUAUCCUGGCAUCCAAGUUUAACCCCAUCUGAUUGAGAUUCUUAUAAAAGUUUUUGAAAAUCAUUUUCUCUUAUAUAGUCUAAUUUAUUGAAAUAGAUUAAAAAUGUGAAAAUUUUAAAUAAACAAAAUUUAAUAUAUAUUAAAAGCUUGGCUUGAACCUAAUCAAGAGCACUAUAAGUUAUGAUGAAGCUUGCGCAAGUUUUGAGAUAGCAGAUUUCUGCUUUUAUGGGACAAUUUCGCUGAUAGGGGCUUGCUUAUGAUCUUUCGCAGUUUUUGGGAUUUUUAUGUAAGGAUCCCCCCUCAUUUGUCAAAUUUUCUAGUCUUUUUUUUAUAACUCCCCCCCCCUCCGUGAGUGAACAAAACCAUUAGAAAAAUCGCCAUUUUUUGACAAAAAACCCACCCUCCGUGAGUGAACAAAAAUUGUUUUAAUACAAAAAUUUUUAAUGGAAAAAUUUUUGAUAUAUAAGUGAUAAUUAGUAUAAUGAAAUCUAGAGCUAAUUCUGUUUAAUUUUAAACAAAUUGCGUUUUAAAACAUAAAUUUUAUAAAUUAAAUUAAUAUUUACUUCCCAUUUUUGCAAAUUAGGAUUUUUUUAAAUUCGAAAAAAACAUUUUUCUAUAAAAUUUAUAUAUAAAUGUUUUUAAAAACAAAAAUUAACCCCCCUCCGUGAAUGAACAAAAUUUUUUUGUUCACUCACGCAGGUGGGGGAGUGAGAAAAAAAAAAAUUUUUCAGGACCUCAUUUGUCCAAAAAUCUAGUAAAAAAUGAUUUGUCCAAUUUUCUAGUCUUUUUUGGAUUUUCGAAUGUCCUAAAUUUUAGUUUUUUACUUUAAAAUAGCUAGAAAAUGAGACAAUUGAGGUCCUGAAAAUUUUUUUUUACUAUCAAAAUUUUAACUAGAAAAUUGGACAAAUGAGGUCCUAAAAAAUUUUUUUUCCUAUAAAAAAAACUAGAAAAAUGGACAAAUGAUAAAAGACUAGAAAAGAGAGGGUGGGGGAUCCUUAUAUAGAAAAAGAUGUUCCAAUGAUACUUGCAGCUUUGCCAAGAAAAAUAGCUUUAUUGCUAACAUCGAUAUGCAUUAUUCCGACCACGAUGAUUUUAGCUAUGAUUAUUAAAUAUUCUUUUUCAAACAAAACUGUGAUUGAGGAAUAUUCAGGAAAUUUUUCGUCAGAAACCUUUAAUUAUGGAGUUUUAGGAGUUAUUAUAGGAAUUUGCUGCCUUUUAGCGCUGAUUUUUAUAAAUUUAUUUUGUGAAGCUUUUUCUUGUGAUAUGAGGCACUCAAAUAAAUAAAAUGGCUUUCGCUCGAGCGAAGUUAGCUCUGCUAACUUUCUCUCACUCAAGCAAUUUUAUUUAUGGGGUUGGGUUUUUACCUCAACAACUUCUGCACGGCAAUAGCAGUUUAACUUUGGAGAUAACCCAAAGGAACUGCUCCUCAGUGCGCUCAAGAUCUGGAGUUUUACCCCUCAGCACAUCCCAAGGGAGAUGGAUCCUCAGGCGGAACACGCGCAGGAGCUGAGUCGAAACAAAGCUGUGGCGGCAGCGAAGCCCGUCGAAGCCGGAACGCCUUAUUUACCCGUGCCUUGGCGAACAAAAGGGGUCGAUCCAGCGGUCUCUGGGCCCGACACGUGGAUAAAUAUGGUGGUAGCUCUGGAGUCGGCUACCCCGUAGUGGACGUUAAACGUUAAUAGAUAAUUAGUUAGUAAGUUAGAUAUGAGGCACUCAAAUUUCAAGAAAAAUUUAAAAGCAAGGUCUUGUGCUGAAUAUGACUUAACCAGACGUUGGUUCUAUAUGACAAUAUGUAUGCUUUAUGUAUAUAUUGGAAAUAAUUAUGCCUGGGUAUUCCAAAUCAUUUUUUUUCUUUUUAGCUUAUUUUUAUGUGUGCGUAGCAUUCAAUUUUUGCAAUAUUUUAAUCCAAUUGAAAAUUGCAUUCAUGUUUGCAAAAUGGCAUCAGUGUCAUGCACAUUAUUAAUCCUCAUGUUUGGGGAGCUAGCUGACAAUUCGUUAAUUAUUGUUUGGCUUCAUUUAUUUUUAUUACCUUUUAUAAUUUAUUUCGCUAUAUGGGUAAUUUGGAAAAAUUACGAAAAAAUGCCAAGCUCAGAAACUUCAAUUCUGACUCAAUUUGAUUUUGAAAGGAAAUAUAGGAAUUUACUAGUUGAUGAAAACCUGGAAAACAAAGAGCAAGUUAUUGAGCUAUUUAAAGCAUUUUGGGGUUUACCUGGAUUUAAUAAAGAUAAGCUGUUUGUGAUAUGAGAGUUUAAUUUUUGCUGCUUUAUUAUGAGAGAUGAAAGAUUGGCCAGAAUAAAACUCACAAAAAUUGGGGAAUCAAAAUCGUCAUUUGAAGGAGAUAUACAAGAAUGAAGGCUUUUUGAUUGGCUCUUUAGGAAACACAAGUCAUCUUUUAUUGAUCUAGACCAUUUAGAAUACCUCAAAGAAUUCAGUAAAAUUAAAAAGCGUGAUGAAAAGGUAUGUUUAAUUCUAACUCAACUGCACGCAGAAUUCUCAUCUAGAAAUCCUAGGAUUAAUAAAUUGGCUCAUUUUGUUAAUAGAGUUGCAAAAAAUAUGUUUUUUGUUAAUAAAGGAUAUAAAGCUAUAACAGAAAAAUAUAGGAACAUAGAAGCAUUUGAGUAUUAUGCAACUUUUCUUGACGCAAUAGCAAAUAAGCAUGAUUAGAUUAGAUUAAGCUAAUUAUAGAGGGUCUAAGGGAUUAUUUCAGUCCCUCUCCAUCCUAGAUGUAGAAAUUGCCCGAGGAUGGCGCAAAAUAGCGCCAUCCUUGGGCAAUUUCUAUAGCUUCACAUAGUUGCUUCCCAGAAGUUUAAGCAGACUUUGCGCUUUCCGUCUCAUCGUCUUGUUCAGGAUAAAAAGCCUGUCAUAGUGCCCUAACCAGGCGACUUCUAAGAAUGUGACCACUUAUCUGGGCUGAGAUUAAUUCACAGUCCCCUGGACUAAUUUAUCAUCAUCAUUUUUAAAACGUAACUAAUCAUGAAGAAGCUGAUUUUAUUAUCAGAAAAAAAAAUAAUAUGAAUUUUUUCAGUCAACGUAAUUACGAAGGAAAUCUUGAAAAUUAUGGUAAAGAUCUCCCUAUAAUCCUCGCUUCAUGCAAUAAUGAAUCGUUUGGGACUAUUGUAUAUAUAAAUGAUAAGGCUUCUCAGCUUCUGAUGUCAUCUAUGGGGAACAUCAUAGGCUCAUCAAUAUUAAAUUUUAUUCCUCAACCAUAUAGCUCACAUCAUGAAAAAUUAAUGAAAGAUUUUAUUUUUAAUUGCAAUUCAAUAGAAGUACCUUCUCAUGACACAUUAUUUUUUUUGCAAAAUACUGGCUAUCUCCUUGAAUGCGAUUUAUUGAUUAAACUAGCUACCUAGCUUAAUUUAAGUACUUAUAGGGCUUAACAUCCUGCAGGGGAGCUUUUACCAUCUUUAUAUGAUCAGGCCCACAGACUUGUCUUGAUUAUCAGAGUACUCUUGUUGGCAAUAUUGCCAACUCCGAAGGUUCAUGUGUGGAGAUUUGUUUAUUACUUGAAGUCGUGUGGCAACUAAAGCUUCUUCGCUAUCACAAAAUGGAAUAGGAAAAACUAAUCUUUCAGAUUCCCUCGGGCUGUCCAGAGAGCAUGCACCUCUCUCUCCUGCAUAUCAGCCUUUAACAGGACUAAUGUAAAAGCCAAGCCUCAUAAUCAUAAAUGCAAAGUGAGUUGUUCUGAUCCCGAUAGCACCUUUACAAAUUGCCAUUUUAUGAUUAUGAUAAAACUAACUGCUUUUCAUAACUGUGCUUACUUUAUGAUCUCAUUUCAAGAAAGUUCUUUAAAAAGACAGCUUGCCUUGAUUUCUGAAGAAGGAAUAAUUUUAUCUCAUACAGAAAAGUUUUCAAACUCCUUCAACUUACUCCCCCUCCGUAAGCGAAUAAAGAUAUUUUGUUCGCUCAUGAAGGGGGGUUAAUUUUUUUUUAAAAGUUCAUAUAUAAAUUAUAUAGUAAUCAAAAUUUAAAAAAUUCCAUUCCGUAAGCUCUUUAAAAUUAAUCAGAAUUAGCUCGAGAUUUCAUAUAAUAAUUUAUCACUUAUAUAUCAAUUUUUUUUCAUAAAAUUUUUUAAAGUAAUAGAAUUUUUGUUUGUUCACGGAUGGUGGAGGGUGGGCUUUUGGGCAAAAAAUAGGGUUUUGUUCACUCACGGAGGUGGGAAGUUAGAAGAAGAGAAUUUAAAAGGAAAAUUACUGUCAGAUAUAAUACCUAUCAAUGACGUAUUUGAGAUUAAAGAAUUUGAACCAUUAAAAAUUACUCAGAAAGGCAGAGAAUUAUUCGUUACUCGGAUUAGUAAACCAAUAAAAACGAAGAAAAUACACAUAAUUGCUAUAAUUGACGAUGUAAACGAAAUCCAGAAAUGGAAAGAGGCAAAAUCUCCAGCUUUUACAAGAGAACUUGGAUCAGUUUAUUCAGAAGAGGACAAAAUGAAAAUAAAUAUACAAAGGGAUAACAUAGAAGUCCAAUUUCAGUCGAUUGAUUAUUUAAUUCGCACGAAGUCACUUGAAAAUCCAGACACUACAAUUAUCACUCAUUCUUUUAAUUCUCAGCCUGAUCAUGCAGCUGAAGAAAAAAUUUUGAUGGAAAAAAAAUCUGAUUCUGAAAGCCGUUCAAGAAGCGAAACUGGGAGAACUCAAAAUAUGGCAAAACAAUUACUGAUGGACUCUAAAAGAAAAAUAAGGGUGCUUCAGCUUAUUUUAUUUGUAGUUGUAAGAUUAAAUAUAGCCAUAAACAGGCUAAGCCAUUGGCCUUGCCACAACCUCGUCUCCAAGAGAGGCAGCGCUGGGUGAGUAAACAGCUUAGUGCAAAUUACUAACUCCUCUUUAAAUUGAACAAAAUAAAUUUUUUAAUACUUUAGCCAUUAAAUUGGUGAAUUUGUUUUUCCAAUAUGAAAUUUUAUUGGUAAAAUUACUAUUGUUUACAAAAUUAGUUUUAACCUGAUUUAAUUAAAAAAAGUGCAAGUAGAAUAUUAUUUAACACUGAAUCGAUUUAUUUUUUUUAAUAAAUUCUUUAUAAAAAUAAUUAAAAUUCAAUAAAUUAUUAUAUUUUUAAUAUAGAAAAAUUUUAAAAAAAUUAACCCUAUUUUGAAUUGGAACAGGAGGGUUUUUUCCAAUUUAAAGGGGGGUGUCAGAGUUUCCCACCUUGUAAUAUUUGGUGAAACCUACCUGAUUUGGAAAUUAGCACCUGGAUUAGAAUACCUGUGUCGGGUGCCACUCUAUCCCGAUAGGGAAAAUCUAUGUGGGAGGCAAAACCUGUCUUGCCUAUCUGACAGGAACAGGAGAACCUUUAGGGGGCCAAACCUCCUAUCUCAGGCUUCAAUUUGAGCUAGUUUAUUUUCUCCAAAGAAUAUACAUAAAUGGCUGGAGGAGAGUAGCAUUCCCUGCCGGAGCGGAGUCCUUAUGUAUACCGAUGUGGUUUUUGGGAUCCAAUUAUAGCCCAGCGAUGCUCAGUAGUCUCAAAUUGAGAGAUUUAAGACUCUUUUCCACUGAAUUAAGUCCUGAACCUUAGGGCAGUUAAUUGCAUCUCUUUUUUAUCCCGCCACUGCCACCUUUAUAAUUCCUAGAGUUGUAAGAAAUAUUUAGAUGUCUUCUGUUAUAAUAACAGUCGUUGCUAUUUUAAUUUAUAUGAAAAACGGCGUGUCUUAUACAAGCACAUUAGGAUCAUUUAAGGACUUGGGCCAGCUUGUAUAUGAUUUUGAGCUCUCUGCUGAUAUUUCAAUUAACAUAAUAGCUGAGUAUUUAUGAGGUGGAACAAAGGAAGAGCAAGAUGCAGAACUUAAAAGUAUGCAAAAUCUUAUUGAAGAUCUAGAAUUAUUAAAUGGGCAUGAUUUGAAACGAGGACUCUGGUGUUCCGAGAGUUAACUGGAAAAAGAGAAGAGGAGCCACAUUGUGAUAGCUCUAUGGGUUUUUGGUUCAGGGGCUGGCCCUCAACUUUUUGUUCGUGGCUUAUAGGCGUGCCUUCUGGUGCAAUGUUCUUCACUACUCCAUAGGAGCAUUACUGAGCAUGUGAUUCACCCAGACAGAUCAUGGAAGAGUACCUAUACUCUUAGCCCUGUUGGAAGGUUGAGGGAAUCUUUGUCGUUUGGCGGGAUCCAGAAGACAGUAGGGCAAUCUUCCAGAAAGACCUCUCCCAUCACCAUUUUUUGAUAAUGUCAGGAGCAAAAGGGAGGGUGUAAGAUAACGCUGAGCGCUAACGAGCAGCUAUCUGUGAGAUGGCGAGGAGCUGAAAAUAAUCAUUAUAAUUUAACUCAAAUCUAAUCUAUUGAAAAUCUUGAACAAAUUAAGGGAUCUCUUUUCAAAGAUUUUGGCCAAUGAAGUUAUUGCCCAUACUCUAAAGUUGUUAGAGAGCCUUCAAUAUUAUUAUGAAAUUUUGAACAAAAAUUCCCUCAAAGCAGUGAAGAAAAUCUUUAUGAUACUGUAGGAAACUAUAUAUACAACGUAAUAUAGAUUUAGAUACAAAAACUUAUUACUACUAUAAAAACUGGAGAAGGAUACUGACCUUAUGCCAAAUUUCUGUAUGUAAAUGCUUACUCUGCUCUUUUAAGAAUCAAAAAAAACUGGUUUCCUGAGAACAACCAAUUAUUAUUUUCCUUAUAUACAUUUUGAUAUGUAAUAAUUUGUUUUAAAAAUUUUUCCACAAUUAGGCUUAGGUGGAAUUUUUCACGAUGCUGAUAGGAUAAUGAAUGGAUUGGUAAACUGUGAAAUUGAGAGGGUAAAAAGCACUGGAGUUAAUAUUGAUAUUCUUUUGAUAUGCGGAUUCUGCACUCUUGGAGUUUUGGUUUUGAUUAUUAUUGGCUAUAUUAUGCUCGUGUCACAAAAACUCGAUGAAUUUUGAAAUUUUACAUUAAAUAAUACUCAAUGGGCUAUGUUUCAGUUAAAAUGCUGUGCAAUGGACAGAUUAGCAACAACACAUGGACUAGAGUGCAAAGCAGAAGUAAGCACAGACAAUCAAAGAAAUACUUAUCGUACAAGAAAAGUAAGAGGAACUCUUUAUCUUCAAUAUAUACUGCAUUUGAUUAAAUUUGCUUCGAUUAAUAAGGGCAAAAAACUUAUUUUAUAGACAAUUUUUUGGGUAAAUAAAAAUUUAAACAUUGCAAUUUGAAAUCUUAUUUUCCUCAGCUGCUAAGUUGGUCUGUGAAUGCACAGGUAAUAAUCAAAUUAAAAAUAAGAAAUUUUCCUCACUUUUUAUAUAUCUAACCAUCUCAUAGAAAAUUCAAUAAUUAAAAAUUAUAAAAAUAUAUAAUAAUUUUAUUGCUAAUUAGAAAUAAAAUAAAUUUCCUAUAGAACUCUUGGUGUUUACUAUUAUAAAUCUUAUAAGUUAAUUAUCGCUGAAUACUAUUAAGAACAGUAUAUUUGAAGAGUAAUGCUCUUCUUUGCUAUUGCUGCGUCUUAUUAUUUAUUAAUUUUCAACUAUUUAUACCCUAUACUAGACCAUAUGAUGAUCACUCGUCCUUCUUUGCUCAACAAUUUCAUCAUCCGAAGAGCUUUAUUAAUGAGAUUAUCCCUCUUCUCAAGGGAUCGUGUCGUAGAUUAUACAUAUUAUAUGAUCCCAGAAUUUUAUGGCUAUUCCAAACCAGUCACAGAAGAACUGCUUAUUAUUGACCAACUAAGAAUAUUAAAAAAGCAUCUUCAUGCUAAAAAAUACACAGAAUUGUUCUCAGACGAACUGAAGCAGAAAAUUUUUGAGGAAAAUAAAUUAGCCUAUAAGAAUAUGGAUUAUGGAUCUGAAGCUGCAAUGCUGUCUAUGAUGUCAGACAUAGAAGAUAUUGGAUAUCCACAAGGUAGAAACAUGGGAUUUUUUAUACAAUUUAUGGAUAAUGUAAAAGCAUUAGCAAAUGAAAUUAAGGAUGAAUUUUUAUUGGCUGAUAGAGACUCGAUCAAUAUUAUCAAUACACAGCUGGAUACUAUUAUAAGCACAACUAUAAUUUAUUCAGUGGCUUUAUGUGCAUUUUUUUUCUUGUAUUAUUUUCCUUAUUUAAAUCUUCAAAUAAAGCAGCUUCAAAGAUUUGCAGUUUUGCCUACCAUCUUACCAAAAGAUUUUGAUUAA